AUGGCUUCUUAUUCUGUUAAUUCUACAAAAUCUUUCAUGCAGGCUAUGCAGCCGAUGAUAGAAAUAUUAAACAAUUUACCGGUACCAAAAGAUGAAAAGAUACCAAGAAUUGAUAAUGAGAAUAAUAGAAUCACCCCAAUCGGUGGUAUAUUGGAUAGAUUUCAUGGUAUUUCGACAGAGGUUUUGGAUCACAUAGUGGAUUCUAGCCAAGGCAGUGCUAGUAAUGGUAUCAUAGAGAUUGAAAAAGAAUGCGGAAGGAUCAGUAAGGAUCGAGGAGACCAUUCUAAUGAGGUAUUUGAUAUGGUGAAGAAUAUUUUGACUUCGAGUCCUGGAGACGAGGAGUUGCAAUCGUCAUUGUUUGAUAUUCUUGGUUUUGAAGAAUUUGAAUUGAUAUCCAAAAUUGUGCAGAAUAAGUCGCAAUUAUUAGCAUCCGACAAUACUAAUGAUGUAAAAGAGCAAAGAUUUUUGACUCCAGAGGAGAGAGCUCAACAGUUGAUUGAAAACCAUGAACGUGCGAAGAAUCAGAAAUUAGGUCCCAAACAACUUCGUCAGGAAUACCCACACGUGUUUAAGAAACCAGACGUAGGUAACAUGUUGUCAAUAACAGGCAAGAAGUUUUCAUUGCCUGUUGGUACAACUAGGGAGAGUUAUGCAACUCAUGAGGAAAUAGUAAUUCCUUAUCCGGAAAAUGAAUCAAACAAAUGGAUAUCCGAAGACAAUCUCGUCCAAAUUGAUCAAUUGGACUUCCUUUGUAAAGGAACGUUCAAAAAUUAUUCUAACCUUAACAAGAUGCAAAGUUUGGUAUUUCCAGUAGCAUAUAAUACUAAUGAGAAUAUGCUUGUAUGUGCUCCAACUGGUGCUGGUAAAACAGAUGUGGCCUUGUUGACCAUUUUGCAUGCCAUUAACCAAUUUGUCACUGAAACUGUGAGCGACGAUGGUGAUAUUACUGUCGAUAUUGAUUACGAUGAAUUUAAAAUUGUCUAUGUUGCGCCAUUGAAGGCAUUGGCUGCCGAGAUUGUUGAAAAAUACAGCAAAAAACUUCAAUGGCUUGGUAUUAGUGUCCGAGAAUUAACUGGUGAUAUGCAGCUAUCAAGACUGGAAAUCAUGACGACGCAAGUUAUUGUUACUACUCCUGAGAAGUGGGAUGUUGUUACAAGAAAACUGAAUGGUGAUAAUGAAUUAGUUGCGAAAGUUAAAUUACUUAUCAUCGAUGAAGUGCAUUUAUUACAUGAAGAUAGAGGGUCUGUCAUUGAAACAUUAGUAGCACGUACUUUAAGGCAAGUUGAAAGUACACAGCUGAUGAUCAGAGUAGUUGGUCUUUCAGCUACUUUGCCGAAUUAUAAAGACGUCGCUGAUUUCUUAGGUGUUAAUAGAUCGAUUGGUAUGUUUUACUUUGAUCAAUCAUUUAGACCCUGUCCUUUACAGCAACAACUUUUAGGUGUCCGUGGUAAGUCUGGAUCCAAACUAGCUAGAGAGAAUGUUGAUAAAGUAUCAUAUGAAAAAUUAAUAGAAUAUAUUGACCAGGGCCUCCAGGUUAUGGUGUUUGUCCAUUCUCGUAAGGAUACAGUUAAAACUGCACGCACAUUUAUUUCUAUGGCACAAUCUUUUAAUGAGCUUGGACUGUUUGAUGCAUCACAGACGUGUGAAUCCUAUGACAAAUUUAGCAGAGAAAUGUCAAGCAAGAAUAGAAAUAGAGAUAUGAAAGAAUUAUUUCAACAUGGCUUUGGUGUUCAUCAUGCUGGUAUGUUAAGAUCUGACCGUAAUCUUACUGAAAAAAUGUUUACUAGUGGUGCUAUCAAGGUUCUUUGUUGUACAUCCACUUUAGCAUGGGGUGUGAAUUUGCCUGCAGCCGUGGUUAUUGUUAAAGGCACUCAAGUUUAUGACUCAAAGCAAGGUGGUUUCAUUGAUUUGGGAAUUUCCGAUGUAAUUCAAAUUUUUGGUCGUGCUGGUAGGCCUCAGUAUGAAAAGUUUGGUAUUGGUAUUUUAUGUACCACAAGUGAUAGGUUAGACCACUAUGUUUCAUUGAUUACACAACAGCAUCCUAUAGAAUCUAGAUUAAGUGACAAAUUAAUCGACAACUUAAACGCCGAAAUUUCUUUGGGAAGUGUUACCAACGUUGAAGAGGGUGUCCAAUGGUUGGGCUAUACGUAUAUGAUGGUUCGUAUGCGACAAAAUCCGUUUGCGUAUGGCAUAGAAUGGAAAGAAUUGCAAGAAGAUCCAUUAUUACACAAUAGGCGUCGUUCAAUGAUAAUAUCUGCGGCCAGAAGACUCCAUGAAUUGCAAAUGAUAAUAUUUGAUGAGAAUUCUGGUGCAUUGAAUUCUAAGGAUUUAGGAAGAAUUGCGUCUGAUUUCUACUUAUUGAAUAAUUCAGUUGAAAUUUUUAACCAGAUGAUUAACCCUAAGGCAACAGAAGCAGAUGUUCUUUCAAUGAUAAGUAUGAGUAGCGAGUUCGAUAGUAUUAAAUUUAGAGAAGAGGAAGUUGAAGAAUUGAAAAAAUUGUUAGAAACUGAUGUCCCAUGUCAAAUUGCAGGAGAUAUCGAGUCGGCCCACGGAAAGACAAAUAUUUUAAUCCAAUCAUAUGUUUCUCAGGCAGCUAUCAAAGACUCUGCUUUAAUAUCUGACUGUAAUUAUGUGGCUCAAAAUUCUGCUAGAAUUUGUAGAGCCUUGUUUUUGAUCGGUAUGAAUAGAAGAUGGGGAACUUUUGCAAAAAUUAUGCUAUCUAUUUGUAAAUCUAUUGAUAAGAGAAUCUGGGCAUUUGAUCAUCCAUUAACUCAAUUCGAUCUUCCAGAGCAUGUAUUGAAAAAUAUUCGGGCUAAAAAUCCUCCUAUGGAUAUAUUGAAAGAUAUGGAUGCUGGAGAAUUAGGUGGCUUGGUUCAUAAUAAUAAAGCCGGAGGAACGUUAUAUAAAUUGAUAUCUAGAUUCCCUUGCUUGGAAGUUGAAUCUGAAAUCUUUCCCAUUACUACUAAUGUCAUGCGUAUUCAUAUAAACUUAGAGCCUGAUUUUAUGUGGGAUGAAAGAUAUCAUGGUAAUGCUCAAAUGUUUUGGAUUACUGUUGAAGAAUCUGAUAAUUCAGAUAUUUUACACGUUGAGAAGUUUAUUUUGAAUAAAAAGCAAAUGAAAAGUCCGCAUGAAAUGGAUUUCAUGAUACCAUUGACAGAUCCAUUACCGCCUCAAAUUGUAGUUAGAAUUAUUUCUGACACUUGGAUAGGUUCUGAAACUGUUCACACUAUUUCAUUUCAGCAUCUUAUAAGACCUUCUAAUGAAACUAUAAGAACUAACUUAUUAAGGUUGCAGCCGUUACCAGUAACAGCCUUGCACAAUCCUGAAAUUGAAGCUGUAUACUCUAGCAAGUUCCAUUACUUUAAUCCAAUGCAGACCAUGACAUUUCAUUCUUUAUACAAUACCAAUGAUAGUGUGUUUGUUGGUUCCCCUACCGGUUCAGGUAAAACAGUUGUUGCUGAGCUUGCAAUUUGGCAUGCGUUUAGAGAUUUUCCUGGCACAAAGGUUGUUUAUAUUGCGCCAAUGAAGGCUUUAGUUAGAGAAAGAGUUGAUGAUUGGAGAGCCAGAAUCUCACGUAAUACCAAACACAAAUUAGUUGAAUUAACUGGUGACUCCUUACCGGAAGCGAAGGAUGUUAGAGCAGCUGAUAUUAUUAUUACCACACCAGAAAAAUUCGAUGGUAUUUCUCGUAACUGGCAAACUAGAAAAUUUGUGCAACAAGUUUCUUUAGUUAUUAUGGAUGAAAUUCAUUUGUUAGCAAGUGAUCGUGGUCCCAUUUUAGAAAUGAUUGUCAGUCGUAUGAACUACAUUUCUUCUCAAACAAAGAAGCCAAUCAGACUUUUGGGUAUGUCUACUGCUGUUUCUAAUGCAAUGGACAUGGCAGAUUGGUUAUCUGUAAAAGAUGGAUUAUUUAAUUUUCCCCAAUCUGUUCGUCCUGUCCCAUUACAGAUGUAUAUUGAUGGUUUUCCAGAUAAUUUGGCUUUCUGUCCAUUAAUGAAAACUAUGAAUAAACCAGCAUUCAUGGCUAUAAAACAGCAUUCCCCUAAUAAACCUGUACUUAUAUUUGUUGCCUCGCGUCGUCAAACCCGUUUGACUGCUUUAGACCUUAUUCAUUUAUGUGGUAUGGAGUCCAACCCUCGGAGAUUUCUUAAUAUUAAUGAUAUCGAAUUGCUGGAGAUUUUAGAAGACGUUAAAGACGACACAUUGAGACUUUCUUUACAAUUUGGUAUGGGUUUGCAUCAUGCUGGUUUGGUUGAAUCGGAUCGUCAAAUUUCUCAUAAAUUAUUUGAGGCCGGAAAAAUCCAGAUCUUGAUAGCCACUUCUACCUUAGCCUGGGGUGUGAAUUUACCUGCACAUCUAGUGAUUAUUAAAGGUACUCAAUUCUUUGACGCUAAAAUUGAAGCAUACAGAGAUAUGGACUUGACCGAUAUUUUACAAAUGAUGGGACGUGCAGGUCGUCCAUCAUUUGAUACAAGUGGUACUGCUAUUGUGUAUACUAAAGAAUCUAAGAAGGUUUUCUAUAAGCACUUUUUGAAUCUAGGCUUUCCCGUGGAAUCAUCCUUGCAUAAAGUUUUGGAUAACCAUAUUGGUGCAGAAAUAUCUGCUGGAACUAUCAAUACCAGGCAAGAGGCUAUGGACUUCUUAACAUGGACUUUCUUAUACAGAAGAGCCCAUAAUAACCCAACUUAUUAUGGAAUUGAAGACAUCAGUAUGUAUGGAAUCUCCAAGUACUUGGCUGGAUUAAUUGACCAAACCAUAGAGAACUUAAUGGAAUCUAAGUGUGUCAUACUUACAGGUAAGGAUAAACUUGUUGCAACCCCAUUUUUGCAUAUUUCAUCCUAUUAUUAUCUUUCGCAUAAAACUAUAAGGAAUUUAGUUAGUAAAAUUUUCAAAGAAGCAACUUUCAGAGAUUGUUUGAGAUGGUUGUGUGAAGCUACAGAAUAUGAUGAAUUAGCUACCAGACAUGGUGAAGAAUUGAUAAACAUGGAAAUGUCACAAGCUAUGAGAUAUCCAGCUGAUGAUUUAGAAUGUGAAUUUAUUUGGGAUCCACAUGUGAAAUCUUAUUUAUUGAUUCAAGCCUUUAUUAGUAGGGUUGAACUACCAAUUGCGGAUUAUGCACAAGAUACAGUUUCUAUAUUGGAUCAAGCUUUACGUAUCUUGCAAGCCUAUAUAGACGCAGCUGCUGAAUUGGGCUAUUUGAAAACAGUUCUAACAUUCAUUGAGUUAAUGCAAUGUAUUAAGCAAAGAUACUGGUACGAUGACGAUCCAAUAUCUGCGUUACCAGGGUUGAAUUUAUUUAAGCUUCCAGAGGUUACUGAAAGCUCAAAGAAUAAUAAGCAUGUAACGCAAUUGUUUGACAUUGGGAAUAUGAACCAUGGAAAAUUGUUACAUUUAGCUUCAAAAAUUGGAGUGAAAGGAAAGGAUGAUGGCGAAACCUUUGUAAAUGAUGAGGAUGCAAAAAGAGAAUUCAUUCAUAUUGCAUCCCAUCUUCCUACUGGUAAAGUUAAAAUAUUUCAAGAAGCCUCCGAUCAGUUACAUUUUGAAUUGAUGCAUGAUAAUAGGCCCCUUAACAAUGAUUUUAAGAUGUAUUGUCCACACUUUCCAAAACCACAAAGAGAAUCUUGGUUUGUUAUUGUGUGUGACGAAUCAAUGGAAGAAUUACUCUUGCUCAAAAGGGCUUCUCCAAAAUUGGUUGGUAAGAAAGGUAAAGUAAGCUGUGCUGUAGAUAUUCCAGAAGAUCUUAAAGGACGUGUUGUUAAUAUUUUGUGCAUUAACGAUGCAAUUAACAUUCAGUAUUCAGCAAAGCAUGAACUUUUAUGA